AUGAAUUUUCAUAUCACUAAUGAACCGAACAGUUGUACAUUGACUGGUCUAUCACCCAACAAGAACUACAAUUGUUCAUCAGAAAUAUUGUUUAAUGGCAACAUUGUGAAAACUGACAGCAAAUGGAUAAAAACAGAUUAUGGAAAGCCAACACCAGUGAGAGAACUUCAAGUCGAUCCAUUAAACCAAGAAAUCAGCGCUGUUAAGAUCAAGUGCAGGGAGCCAGAACAAAUAAAUGGUCCCAAAGAAGAAUAUUAUUUGUACUUGUUAGAUGGGAAGACCGCGAUUGAUGCUAACAAAAUCUGUUACUUUGAAGUUAGAGACCUCUGUCAUUUGACAACAUACCAGUUUAAGGUUAUUUUCUACAAUGGGGAAUAUUUCUCAGACCCCGUGAUCUCUAACCCAAUAGGAACCAGAUAUGUUGGAUAUAAUUAUGGAAACCUAGUGACGUGUUUUGCAUUCCUCAUUACUGGGAAGUCCUUGGCUUUGCUUCUUCUUCUGCGUAAAAUCCACAACCUUAUAAGAAAAAAUUCAAGGGAUCAAGAUGUACCUAUGCAGCCUCUUAACAGAGGUUGGUAUUCUCCUGCUUUUGGCAAGUGCAAGUAUUUAAUUUAUAUUUCUGCCUAG